AUCUCACACCAGUCCGAGGAGUGCUUCUCCUUCAAGGCCCACCAGCAGUUCAAGGUGGGCUUGAUCCAGCCCGCGGCCGUCACCGUCUACAGCUACUACAAGAUCGAUGACCGUUGCACCCGUUUCUACCACCCGGAUAAAGAAGGUGGGAAACUGAGCAAGAUCUGCUACAAGGACGUGUGCCGCUGCGCUGAAGAAAACUGCUUCAAGCAGCAGAAGGAUGAUGUCCCCAUGACCGUCAACCAACGCAUUGAGCGUGCCUGCGAGCCGGGAGUUGACUAUGUGUACAAGGUGAAGCUGGUGGCAAUGGAGGAGACGCCGUCCCAUGACAACUACAUCAUGACCAUCCUCUCCGUCAUCAAGAUGGGCACCGACGAGGAUACAGCAGGAAGCAACCGGACCUUCGUGAGCCACCGGCAGUGCCGAGAUGCUCUGAAGCUCCAGCUGGGUCAGGACUAUCUGCUCUGGGGGCUGGCCACCGACAUGUGGGUCACCGGCAACCGCUUCUCCUACCUCAUUGGCAAGGACACGUGGCUGGAGGCCUGGCCCUCGGAGGCUGCUUGUCAGGAGCCUGACUUACAACCCCUCUGCCAGGACUUCGUGGAGUUUGCUGAGGCCAUGACCAUGUUUGGGUGUCCAUCAUGA